AUGAGUAGUCCUACAGAUGAGACCAUACAACUAACUAAUGACGACGCUACAUCCAGUAAAGCUUGUGCCGUUUCUCGGGGAUACUGGAAAGACAAGUAUAUCAAGUAUUUCUGUUCUUCUCCGUCACACAAAACUCCGGAGAUUAAUCGUGGCUAUUUCAUAAGAACAACUGCAUUCAGAGCGAUUGCCAUAUCAUUUAUCAAGUCCACAGGUGGAGCUUGUCAAAUUGUGAACCUUGGUGCAGGCUCAGAUACACUAUACUUCGCUCUAAAAGAUGCUCAGGAAACCCCAGAACUAUACGUCGAAUUAGACUUGCCAUCUAACAUUCAGCAAAAAGCUAUGACAAUACAACGGAGAAAACUGCUUGAAUCAACGGAUGCUUUACCACCUAAAGACGACAAUUUAAACCCUAUAAUAAAUCAAAAGACCUCUGUUGUCAACACACUACAUGAUAAUUUGCACUACGUUUUCGAAAUGGGACGGUUUCACUUACUGAGUUUCGAUUUACGAAGACCUGUUCAAGAUCUUCUAGAUGUUUUAUGUUCAACAGUUAACGGAGCUGGUUGUUCCAAAGUUUACCCAACUCUCUUCCUUGCUGAAUGUGUACUUGUUUAUAUGUCUCCACAGGCAAGCUGUCAGUUAAUAGAGGGUCUCUCGGCAAACUUUCCACGUGCUUCAUUCCUACAUUAUGAACAGGUUAAUAUGAGCGAUUCAUUUGGUUCUAUUAUGGUCAAACAUUUUCGUGCUCGUUCCUGUGAGCUUCCUGGUCUCGAUGCAUGUCAUUCACUUGCUACUCAAGAAGAACGGUUUUUUAAGGCUGGUUGGAAAAAAGCCAAAGGAUGGACUAUAAAUCAAGUAUAUAAGAUGUUACCUAUCAAUACUCGAUACAGAGUAGAACAUUUGGAACUAUUGGAUGACCUUGAAGUGACAAUGCAGUUGUUUGAUCAUUAUUGUAUUCUCCUGGCAACUAAUGAUGAAACACUCUGCCCCGAUAAACAGUUGAAAGAAUCGUUAUCCACUACCGAAUAG